AUGUUUCCCAGAGCAGUUUCAUCAUUUUCGUUCAGAACCGUAUUCGCCAACAUAAUAGGCAAAAGAGAAUUGGCCACAACGCCGAUAAAAUUCCAACAACAAAAUCCAGCCGACUUGCCCAAAGUGGAAAUGAGAGAGAUCACCAAAGACAGAACCGAAAAAGUACCAGUGGAAACAAGUAUCCGUUAUUUAAAGAGCCCCGCAUACCAACAAACGUACGGCAACGAAGCUGUAUGGGUUCCAUACAAAAGAAACCACAAAGGCGCAAUUCCGCCCAGGAGAACCAGAAGAACUUGCAUUAGGAAUGAUCAUAUCGCUACAGGAAACCCUUGCCCCAUUUGCAGAGACGAGUACCUAGUACUGCACGAACAAAACGUUGAUUUACUCAAGCAGUUUAUAUCGGAAGAGACUGGAGCAGUUUUUGGGUUUUCUAAAACAGGUCUGUGCAGGAAAAAACAGUUGGAAUUGGAAGUUGCCAUUAAAAGAGCUCAAGAUCAAGGUUUGUUAACUUUUGAUGUACCGUUUAGAAAGUAUGAUUAUUCACAGUAUAUUCCUAAGAAACAAUAA